UCAUCAAUGUGACCAAAAAACCAAAAAACAAAAAACAAAAAUCUAAUUAAACGGCGCGAUAAUUUAGAAUUGUUAAUGUUUUUUGAAAAAAAAAUAAUGAAUUUUUUUGUUUGAAUCAACUUAAUCAACCUUAUUUAUUUACUUUUUUUCUAAACAGUUUAACACCUGUUGUUUUAUGAAUUCAUUGAAUAUAAAUUGUCAACAAUAAAAAAUAACAACAGCUACAAAAAAUGCCUGAUCUUAGACAAGCUACAGGUGAAGAUGAUGAUGAUGAUCUAAAUGUGUUUUCAUCAACUGAAAUUAAAGAUAAUGUCGUCCAUGAAGAAAAGAACAAUAUUAAUGGACAAUUGAAACCUAGUUUUUCACCAUCAUCAUUUUUGAUGAAUGAAAAUCUAAUCGAUUUGAUUACAAUCGAAAAAUUCUGGAAUAAACAACGACGAUCAUUUGAAAAAGAAAUAUUUCCCGAUUUUUUCAUUAUAGCUUUGGUUAAAUUCAACAUAUUCAAUGAUGAUGAUCAAAUUAAUUAUCAACAAAUACGUAGUUCAUGUGAUUUAGAUAAUCCUAAAGAUCGUAUUUCAAAUUAUAAAAAACUAAAUGACUGGAUAUUCGAUCAACUUCUUGAUAAAAUACGAUGUGAUUUUAAAAUUUUAGCACAAAUUAUUGAAGCAUUACGUUAUGAUGAUUGGUAUGUAUCAUUAGCUGAAUCUUGGCAACAACAAUUACAACGAAAAUGUCAACAAGUUAAUAAUGAAAAAUCGCUACAAUCAUCGAAAUUGACAGAUAGUAAAAAAUUACUAAUUAAUUUUCCUCAACCCAUCUCUUAUAAAAUUGAUCUGCAAUCAAAACGUAAUGAAAUAAAUUCUCAUCUAAAUGAAAUUAUUAAAAAUGGAAAAGGAUGGAUAGUUAUUUAUGGUCGAAAAGGUAGCGGUAAAACAGUGUUAGCCGAAAGUUCGUUAAGUCGAUAUGAUUUUUCGGAUUUAACUGAUGGCAUCUAUUGGAUUACCAUUGGAAAUUUAACUAUAACAGACAAUGAAAAUAUGGAUCAUGAAGAAAUGCUUCGUCAAGAACUUUAUCAUCGAUUAGAGCUUCUUUAUGAAUCGAUUGAAUAUUUUCAUAAAACAAAUCGACCUAAACCGGAAAGAUUAGAUAAUCUUGUAUUGAAAUUGAAUUUUCAUUUUAAUGAUCAUCCAAAAUCGUUACUGGUAUUGGAUGAUGUUCAAUCAAGUGAAAUAUUUCAAUAUUUAAAAUUCAAUAUACCAGUUGUGAUCACAACAUUCAAUAGAAGCGUUAUACCAAAUGAACUUGAAAAUGUUCGAUUUGUACCAACUGUAGAUAGCAAAGGCAACGUAUUAUCAAUCGACGAAUGUUAUAUAUUGUUGAAAAAAUGUAUCAACAAUAGUAAAUUGAGUCAUGAAUCAUAUUCAUUAGAAAAUAUUCAUUUAUCUCGAUUAUUUGAAUCGCUAGCUGGCUUUCCCUAUUGCAUACCAUUGAUUGCCAAUCAUUUUAAUCUUUUUCUUACAGAUGAUUUUACAAAAAACGAAACUAACGAAAGAUUAGAAAAACUUUGCAAAGAUUUAUUUGAAACACUUUCGUCUGAAAAAAAUUCUUUUCCAAAUCUUGAUAAAUUUUUAGAUAAAACUCUUGAAACAAUGAGCGACAAAAAAUUGGUCGAUUGUUUUUAUGAUUUUGGAAUAUUUCCUGAACCAGUUUCAUUUGAUGUUUUAAAAAUCAUUUGGGGCACAAAUAAACAUAUGACAGCAAAUUAUUUGGAUCAAUUAUCUCAAAGAUCAUUAAUCAUAAAACACACAAGCAAUGUUAUUACAAGUCAAUUGUUUACUGUUCAUGAUCUAACUGCUUCUUAUUUGAUGAGAAAAUUAAUUGAAAAAGAACAACUUAAGGAACGUCAUGAAAAAUUGAUUGAUUCAAUUCUUAAAGAUUGUUGUCAAUCAUCAACAAGUUUGGAUUUUGAUUUAUCCCGAUUACCUGAUGAUCGAUACAUUCACCGUUGUCUUUCAUAUCAUAUUUAUUCAUCUGGUCGUUUUGAUCUCUUCGUAAAAAUUUUUCUAGAUUUAAAUUUUCUACAAAAAAAGAUUCGUUUCGUUGGUCCAAGUCAUGUACUCAGUGAUUUUCAUAAUUAUGGACGAUAUUGUCGUUCUGAAUCAAAAAAUCUAAUUGUUUUUCAAAAAUUUAUCGCUUCAAACACUGACAUUUGUGAUCCUAAAGUCGAUUUAUUACAGGUUGCUCUUUGUCAAUCAAACGAUUCGAUUGUUUACAAUGAAGCUCGUCGAUUGAUUCAUUUAAAUUCCAAUUUUUAUUUUGAUUGGUGUAACAAAAAGAAUUUUGUAUUGGAAAAUCAGCACAAAACAAUGAGCUUUAAAUGUUUACCGGAUACAACUUUUGCUGCACUUUCACCCGAUUGUCAUAGUAUUGUUACCGUGAAUGAUCGUCAAAUAAAUUUAUGGAAUGCUAAUACUGGCGAAAAUAUUUGCUCGGAACAAAACCACAAUCAAACCAUUAAUCAUUGUAUUUUCAGUACUGAUGGUCAAUUUGCUCUGACUACUUCUGAUGAUGGCACUGCUAUCGUUUGGCAAAUGACUGGUAGACUAAUUACAAAUUCUAAUCUUGAAAUGGUCAGUGAUAAUGAUCAUUUUGAAGGACGACGACGACACAAUUCUGCCAAAAAUAUUUGUUUGUUCUGUUACAAAAUAAUCGUACCAAAUAGUUCGAAAUAUAAAACUGAUUCAACAAUUGGUGAAAAGCCAUCAUCUCAUGCAUUGAAAUGUGGUGAUAUAUCAUCCGAUAAUCGAUAUUUAUUACUUGGAACCAAUAACGGAUUUGUUUAUAUUUUUUCUUUGGACGGAAAUUCACUAUAUUCAUCAUCUAAUAUUGAUAAUCUUCAAAGUGAUGUUACUUGCUGUUCUUUUUCCUCUGAUGUUCGUUAUUUUUUAUUUCUAAUGCAAGAAAAAGUUUAUGUUUAUUCCACAAACAUUAUUUCGAAUAAUAAUGCUAAUCAUUAUCCGAAUAUGAUUAAACCUUCAUUGUAUCAAACAUUGGAACAUAAUCAAGUGGCUCAUAAUGCUGUGUUUAAUUUAAAGCCAAAAUCCAACAAAAUUACUAUAUUCACAUCGAGUGACAAAAAUAUUUUAGAAUGGCAUAUCAAACAAUCAAAAUUCAGUCAAUUAUAUCGAAAGAAAAAAAUGGAAGAAAAAGAUUGUUCAUUUCGAUAUUUAUUGCCAGAAAAAGCUCCUGGAUAUAUUUCUAUUUGUGCUGUUUCAUCGGAUGGCAAACAAAUUGCUGGAUUUGAAACAACUCGUAAUGAAAUCUAUCUUUGGAAACGUAAACAUCAACAUACAAUCAAUUGUUUUCAUACACUUUCAUCAAUUGUCACAUUAACUUUUUCUAUGAAUGAACGAUGUUUAUUUACACUGAAUUCUAGAAAUGAAAUUGCAUUUUGGGAUUUAGGACAGUUCCCACCAAUUACAUCUGUCGUCGAAUUGAAAGAAGAUUUUGCUGCCAUUUAUGACGAAUCAAUUCUAAGUGUAUUGACUAUUGACAAGAAAGGAUUUUUGCGUUUAUUUCAUGAUAAAUAUGGUGAUGAAGAUAAAAAAUUCAAAGAGAAUUUAAAGCAAAAAUUGGAUGAAUUUUUUUCUGCUAAAAAUGGUGAUGAAGUAAAUAAUAAUUAUCAGCAUUUACUUCAACCAAUAACGAAUAUUUUAUGUUGUGACAUAUCCAAAAAAAAUCGAUCAAUAUUUGGUACAAAUUGUGGACGAAUUUUUUACUAUGAUAAUUCUCAAGGGCAAUUAAUUUCAUAUCGUUAUGAUUAUGAAGAAAUAAUAGAAUGUCGUUUUUUGCCUGAAACUAAUGAUGAUGAUACUAUACGAUUGAUUGCCAUAUCAAAAAAAUCAAUCAAUCAAUAUCGAAUCGAUAAUGAAAUUGAUCAAUUGAUUCAUUAUCAUACAUAUAAUAGUUCAAUAAUUCUAGCAGAAAAUACCUCAUUUGAAUCGAUUCGUUUUAUUUCAUCAAAAUUGAUGAUCAUUUUGACUGAUGAUUCUGAUUUUAUUAUUUUUAAUUUUGAUUCAUUAGAAGAAAUAUUUUGCAUUCCAAAUUCUAGAUUUCGUUCAAAAAUAACAAAUAUUGAUUCAUGUUUAUUAGAUGAUUGUCAUCUAAUUGCCAUUUCAUUGGCUCAACAUCGAUUUGGUUGUUUAACCAUUACAACAGAUACAAAUGAGAUUUCAUUGCAAUUCUGGUCAACAAUGAAAAAUGAAACACCACGUUGUUGUCGAGUUUGUUCUGAAUUUAUUGUUAUUGGAUGUGAUAAUGGUAAUAUCUAUUUAUAUGAUUGGCAACAAUUGGAAGAUAAAAAACCAUUUCCAAAAUGGGAAGUUCAACAUUCACAAGACUUAUGGAUUACACAUCUUGAUAUUUCAAAUGAUAAACGAUUUAUCAUAUCUGCUGCUGAUUCUAUUAAACUUUGGCUUUCAAUUGAUGGUACAUUGUUACAAACAUUUAUUACACAUGGAAAAGUUUCACGUUUAUUUGUACAUUAUGUUAAUAAUCUAAAUUUGAAUGAUUCGGAAUAUUUUUCAUCAAAAAAUCAUAAUAAUAAUGGCUAUAAUAGUAAUGAUGAACAUCAACUAUCAGAAAAUGGUGAUCAAAUUAAUCAUGAAAUAACAUCACCAAUUUAUGAUGAACUUAAUUUAAACAUUACUAUUGCUGCUAUUACUGAUACUAAAUCUUUAUACAUAUUGCAGAAUUAUCGUUUAAAUAAUUGUGAAAAUUAGCACAAUAAAUAAAUAUCACCCUUAUUGCUUUCUUAAUUUAUU